AUGGCGCCCGGUGAAUCCUCGAGACCGUCGUCGCACCGACCGCGGGACUCAUCGGGCAGGAAACAUCAACACAAGAAACGGCGGUCACAGGAUCAGAGAUCGAGGCGGCCGGCGACCGAUUCUGGAGAGAGCAGGGGCUCGCAGACGCUUUCGGCGGAUGCGCUGGCACAAUUGAACCAGGAGAACACGAGGAGACCAAAGAGACGGGGAUCCGAUGCGAGGCCAAGAGACCCGGAAAGAGAUGCGGAGAGGGAAAGGCUGCGGAGGGAAAGGAGGGAACGAAGGGCACGCCGUGCCGCCGCAGAGAAUGCAGACGCUCCUAGGGAAAAGGAUCCGCCGAGAGAGAGGCCGCGACGAGUGCAGAAGGAAGAGUACCGAGAUUUGCCGUAUGAGAAACCGCGGAAAGACAGGCACAAGAAGAAGCGGGUGGUCAGCGGCGCCAUUCUCGAGGAGGGCCGGGGGUCGCGUGGUCUGAGAGGCGGCGGAUGGAGCAGCACCGACAGCAACAGCCUCGAGAAGGAACGUCUCGUGGACGACCCACCCGGGCCGAUCAAGAAGAGGAAGAAGCUUUUGGUGGUCAGCAAGAAGAACUCCAACAACAGCGACUCGAGCUCGGUAAACCUCGACGGCCAGGACAAGAACAGCAUUCCGAUGAAAUGGCGCGGUACCUAUCUCGACCCGUGGUCCUGGGCCGAUACCACCGAUUUCAACGUCACUUUUACCGACGAGAUGGUUGGCGAUCUGCCAGUCAUGGGCCUGUACACCGACUGGGACGACUCGACGCAGGCCAACAGCAAGGUCCCGAAGCUCAACGAGGACUGGGGCUCGUACGGAUCGAGACCGGCGCGCGGAGUCAACGUCGGUGGCUGGCUGAACCUGGAACCCUUCAUCACGCCCUCGCUCUUCAACUACGACUCCCGUCUCGGCAUCAUCGACGAGUACACCCUCUGCACGCACCUGGGCGCCAAAAAGACGGCCGAGGUACUCGAGGACCACUACAAGUCCUUCGUGACGGAAGACACGUUCAAGGAGAUUGCGGAUGCAGGACUCGAUCACGUACGCAUUCCCUUCAACUACUGGGCGAUCGAGGUCUACGAUGGCGAUCCGUACCUCUUCCGCACGUCAUGGCGCUACCUCCUCCGCGGCAUCGAAUGGGCGCGCAAGUACGGCCUCCGCGUCAACCUCGACGUCCACGGCCUGCCUGGCAGUCAGAACGGGUGGAACCACUCUGGUCGUCAGGGAGUCAUCGGCUGGCUCAACGGCACCGACGGCGCCACCAACGCCCAGCGCAGCUUGGACUUGCACGACAGGCUGUCGAAGUUCUUUGCGCAGGACCGGUACAAGAACAUCGUUUCCUUCUAUGGCCUUGUCAACGAGCCAAAGAUGACGGAGUUGAGCGCGACGGAUGUCGUCGCGUGGACGGAGCAGGCCUACAAGCUCGUCAAGGGCAACGGGAUCAAGGCCAUCGUGGUGUUUGGCGACGGCUUCAUGGGCCUCGGCAACUGGCAGGGCAAGAUGACGGGCUACAGCGACCUGGCGCUCGACGUGCACCAGUACGUGAUUUUCAACACGGACCAGAUCGUGUACACGCACCAGAAGAAGGUCCAGUACGCCUGCGACGGCUGGACGCAGCAGGCGGAGCAGUCGAUGGACACGUCGACGGGCUACGGGCCGACGCUCUUCGCCGAGUGGUCGCAGGCCGACACGGACUGCGCCAAGUACGUGACCAACGUCAACUGGGGCAACCGGUGGACGGGCACGUACGACACGGGCAACUCUUCGACGUCGAUCCUGACGCCGCGGUGCCCGACAGAGGACAGCCAGUGCAGCUGCGACAAGGCCAACGGCGACCCCAGCGGGUUCAGCAGCGACUACAAGCAGUUUCUGCAAAUGUUCGCCGAGGCGCAGAUGCACUCGUUCGAGAAGGGGUGGGGCUGGUGGUACUGGACAUGGGACACGGAGAGCUCGCCGCUGUGGAGCUACAAAAAGGGCCUCGCGGCCGGAAUCCUGCCUGCCAAGGCCUACGACCGGGACUUUGACUGCUCCGGAACGGUGCCGUCGUGGAGCAGCUUGCCGGAAUAUUACUGA